AUGAUGGACGAUGACGACGUCCCACCCCCGAAACGAAGAAAAGGAGGACAGAAACAGCGGUUGCAACAGCUGGCUCGCGAGGAAACCCCGGCGACGUCUUCUACUGCGGAUUCUGGGUUGGCACAAUUCCUUGAGGAGGCUUGGGCAUGGGGGGACUUGACGCCGCAGCAAGUCCAGCGAAUAGCUGCUCUGACGAAGAAGGACAUGUUGGCAGCUGGCUUGACAGAGAGCGAUGUUCCGGGCCGCCUAAAGAAGCUUGCAGAAAUAGGCACUGCAGGGGCCCACUCAAACAACUGCCACAGGGACCUGAUGGCUUAUCUGCCUGGCAAAUGCAAGCUGCCGAGGCCGUUUCAAGAGGUCCUGCCCUUCAAGACUGGACAAAGUGCUCAAGCUUUCAUGCUGCCGCACGAAGUCUUUUCGGCACUUUACCACCACUAUCCAGGGUACUGGCAAGCUUCCUUUCUACCUGGUGGGGUUCCAGCUUUGCAGGCUUUCUGGAAACACUUCGACAAGCAUCCGUGUAUGGCGGAUGGGACAUUGGCUGACAAAGAUGACUUCAGAAAAACUUGCUUGCCUUUGGCACUACACGGCGAUGCCGUCCCAACCACUGGCCUGGGCAAAGUUUGGGCCAAGCUCCUGCAGACCUUCAACUGGCACUGUAUGCUCUGCAGGGGCGGCAGCAAGGCAACUUUGUUCCUGGUCUGGUCUGUGUUCGAGCAGCUUCUUGUCGCCGGUGACAAUGGGACGUUGGAGACUUUCUUUCGGAUCCUCAAGUGGUCCUUUACAGCCCUCUACCACGGCAAGUUCCCAGAGGGCUCUGUGCCUGCAAGAAAGGCUGGCGACUGGCUGGCCAAUGGGUUCUGUGGAGUCCUUGUCUGCCUGCAAGGGGACUUAGAGUUCUUCGCCAAAUCUUUGUCUCUCCCACGCUGGAGCAGCAAUGAGAACUGUUGUCCCCUGUGCCCUGCAACCGGCUCAGGAGCUGCCAUGAAUUGGAGAAACUUCCGAGAGACUGCUCCGUGGGUCGGGCUCUGCUGGCGCCCGGCGAGCUGGAGGGCAUUUCCUGAGAGGAGCAAAUGCCCUUUGUUCGACAUCCCUGCAGUGUCUGGAGCGACAGUUGCAGUGGACUAUAUGCAUAGCAAAUAUCUUGGAUCGGACAUGUACGUGUACGGGGGCCUCUUCUACUACAUGUGCUUUUACUUGAUGACGGACACCCCCCAAGCCAAUCUCCUCACAAUUUGGAGUGAGCUCCAAGAGCUCUACCGGCUUCUCGGUGUGAAGCAUCGCUAUGCCUACUUCAACAGACUCACGAUGUUCGUCCGCAAAAGCGGGCCCCCCAAGCUUCGGGGACGAGCAGCUGAAGUCAAGGGCCUGGCUCUGCCCAUGUUGCACCUCUGGGAGAAAUACAUGAACGGGCAACUGCAGCUCCACAGGAUGAUCCUCGCCAUGCUCAAGACCAACUGCACGAUGGAGCUUUUGUUGGACGAGUACCGCGAUGAGGACUUCUUCCCCCAGGCUGCGGCGAACCAGUUCAAGGCAGCAGCCUUCCAGAUGGCUCACUUGCAUGGACUCGUGGCAGACCACUUCCAUGAGCAAGAAGACUGCCCCUGGCUCUGCCACACAACUGCGAAGCUGCACAUGGUGUUGCACAGUGCACUGUUGGCUGGCACUGUAAAUCCCAGGCUGGUUUGGUGCUUCGCCAAUGAGGACUUCAUGGGCAUCACUCGCAAGGUGGCACAAAACUGCGUUCGUGGCACAAAGGCUGCUGCUGCCAACACAAAGAUGUUGGAACACUGGAAGGACUCGGAAGCGAGUCGCGAGGGGGUUAUGGUGGAGAAGGGUUCCUCGAGUGGCGAAGCUUUGGCUUUGCCGAAGCUCAAGCGAAGCCUGGCAAGCUUCUUCCUGAACGUGGACGAAGAGGAGGUAAAGAACGGAGUCUUCUUGAAGAGCACCUGGAGAGUGGCUGCCCUCGGCCGUGGUCUGUCUCCCGACUCGGCAAAGGCGGAGGCGAGAGAAGCGAGGGCACGGUGGAGUGAGAAGGUGGACAAAGGGGAGAUACAGCCCUCUCAGGAGUAG